AUGUUGAGAAUCAAGAGAAAAGGUUACGUUGGGAUCUGGUCAUUCCAAGUUCUAAUUGCUAUGGUCUGUGCACAAAGUGCCAAUGAACCCAGCAAUAUGUCAGUGGUAAAGGAGACCGUUGAUAGACUCUUGAAGGGCUAUGACAUCCGUCUGAGGCCAGAUUUUGGAGGUGCUCCUGUGGCCGUCGGUAUGAACAUAGAUAUCGCUAGUAUAGACAUGGUGUCAGAAGUCAACAUGGACUACACACUGACAAUGUACUUUCAGCAGGCUUGGAGGGAUAAAAGACUUUCAUAUUCAGUGAUUCCUUUAAAUUUGACCUUGGACAACAGAGUGGCAGAUCAGCUCUGGGUUCCUGAUACAUACUUUUUAAAUGACAAGAAAUCUUUUGUGCAUGGUGUUACAGUGAAGAAUAGAAUGAUUCGUCUUCAUCCUGAUGGCACAGUACUGUACGGCCUAAGGAUUACAACCACUGCUGCAUGCAUGAUGGACCUCAGGAGAUAUCCACUAGAUGAACAAAACUGCACAUUAGAAAUCGAAAGCUAUGGCUACACCACUGAUGACAUAGAGUUUUACUGGAGAGGAGGCAACCACGCUGUCACAGGAGUCGAUAGAAUUGAAUUGCCGCAAUUUUCCAUUGUAGACUACAAGCUCCUAUCGAAAAAUGUUGUUUUUUCCACAGGUUCUUAUCCACGAUUAUCUCUUAGUUUUAAGCUAAAAAGAAACAUCGGAUAUUUCAUCUUGCAGACAUACAUGCCUACAAUUUUGAUCACAAUUCUCUCAUGGGUUUCUUUUUGGAUCAACUAUGAUGCAUCAGCUGCUCGGGUUGCCUUAGGAAUCACAACUGUACUGACCAUGACCACCAUCAACACUCACCUUCGUGAAACACUACCUAAAAUCCCAUAUGUUAAAGCCAUUGAUAUGUACCUGAUGGGUUGUUUUGUGUUUGUCUUUAUGGCUUUGCUGGAGUAUGCAUUGGUCAACUACAUAUUUUUUGGUAGGGGACCACAGAGGCAAAAAAAGGCAGCAGAACGAGCUGCAAGUGCUAACAAUGAACAGAUGCGUUUGGAAAUUAGUAAGAUACAAAUGGAUCCACAUGAAAAUAUUUUACUAAGCACACUUGAAAUUAAAAAUGAGAUGGCAGCAUCAGAAGCUGUAAUGGGGCUUGGUGAUCCAAGAAGCACUAUGCUUGCCUAUGAUACCUCCAGUAUCCAGUAUCGGAAAGCUGGAUUACCACGACACAGCUUUGGACGGAAUGCCUUAGAACGACAUGUUCAAAAAAAAAGCAGAUUAAGGAGACGUGCAUCUCAGUUGAAAAUAACCAUUCCUGAUUUGACUGAUGUAAACGCUAUAGACAGAUGGUCACGCAUGAUUUUUCCAGUGGUUUUCGCAUUCUUCAAUGUAGUCUACUGGCUUUAUUAUGUGAACUAAGACUAAAAAGCCAUAGACAAAAACUGGAUGUCUGUUCAGAUUAUGUGUGAAACCGG